AUCGUCUAUCAUUUUUUAAUAGACGACGAAGUAAAUCGUAUUCUUAAAAAUGUAUUUCUACGCGAUUUAAUCAUAAUGUUUUGCAGAAACUUGAGCGGCGCCAUUUUUGAAUGAGAUGCAAAAUUUGACAGCUAAUCACGUGACUUCUACAUGGAAACGAUGAUUCACGAUACAUAUCACGAUUACAAACAUUCAAAUCGUCAUUCGCACAUUGUUGCAUCAUAUUAAUAUAUAUUGUUUCUAGAUUCUUCAUUAAUUUGGAUCAAUUGUUUACACUGAUUAAAGAUUAAAUCAAUUUCUCGUUCUUAUUGCUAUUUGACAAAUACGAUAAAUAAGCGUUAAUGUAGUUCUUUCUAGAAAGAACGCAUCGCGCAUAAGCGUAACUUACUUUAUUCUUGACCGUAUUAACUGAAUAUAAUUUAAUGGAAUAUUUUUGUUACAUUUUUAAGCAAGUAUAUUAUUCCAAUUAUUUUAUUGUUUCGUAAAUUCGAUAAUUAUGUAAAUGAAAUACUAUAAUCAUUAUAACAUCGAACAUUUAUAUAUUCUUCAGUGACAAAUGAUCGCUCACGAAUAAAAAUACAACCCCGGUCAACCAUUAAAGCGUAAUUUUCUAAUGGAAUACGUAUUGAUACGAUCGUUCACAUUGCAAAAUUGAAAUUAAUUUCAAUUCAGACACGUACGUGCAAGCUUGAUUGAUUGGUGAGUUUUAACUUUAAUGAAAUAGGGUUCUACGAUAAACAUUUGAUUAAUAUUUUUGCAAUUCUUUAGCAUUUCACAUUGUAAUGAAAUUACUAUCAGGAUAAUAAUGCGAUGAAUCAUUAUUAUCUAACCGAAUGAUUGCAAUAACAAAAUUAAUAACAUUUCUUAUUUGCACUAGGUCUCGACAAUUGAUAUCGGUUUAUUAGAUUCUCUUUAAUGUCGGGUUAGCGUCAUAUCUGUACCACUCAUAUUUUAAAGAAGUUGCAUUUUUCCCAUAAAAAGUUCUACUCGAACGUGUUUAGAUAUUUAUCGUUCGUUCGUGCACGUAUACAAUUAUCCGUAGUAAAAGUGUUCGUCCUUAUUUGCAGGAAUUCAUUCGGUCAUUAGAGUCGUUACCUGUGCUCGCGUUUUUCCCGCGACGUUUCAUGUUACAAGUUUCUAGAAGCCGGAACACAACCAAAAUGAAACUCGUCGUUUAUUUAAAUUUCAUCUUGUUCUACGUUUAUUUAACAAAAGCAACCGAUUACGCGAAUACUUAUCUCUCGUUGGUAAAAACAAUUCGCAGCUUUUACUCGGCUUCCUCCGUCAUCUUCUUGUAUCCAGUCAACAAAAAUUUAGAUAGUAUGAAGACAAUGUACACAAUUCACACAUGGUCUUAUAUACUUGAACAGGAACAAAUCACCACUAUGAGCCUUUCAAUCAAAGAUAUACACAUGCUGACAAAAUAUUAUACGAACAUCUCCCGGCCGUUGAUCAUUAACUUGUUAAUUGGAUCAACGGCAAUUCACGAGUUUUCAUCUAAAACGAAAUCAAUAAAAAUGUCAAAUUUCGCAUGGCUUGUGGUAUGCGUGUCUACCGCUUCCGUAUCAAUGGAUGAAUGUAAAGUACCGCAAGGAAACCCUUUUAAUUUGUCCUUCGACACGGAAAUGUUGGUGAUGAGUCACAAUGAUAAUAUUCUUCGCGAAUGGUACUCACUGGACGGAGAAACAACGGAAAUGUACAGUUUGUUCAAAUGGCAGAAUGCUACGAAAGAAUCGCCGCAACCCACUGUUGAAUUGCUCUCGAACUUGUCCCUGUACGAGAGAAGAAACGAUUUGAGAGGAAAGGUUCUUCGAGGUGUCACCGUCGGGCAGUCGGUGCUCCUCACGUAUGAAAACAACAAAUUGGGAGGAUAUUUCAGUGCCGCGAUCAGAGAGCUCGAAAUGGCUCUGAAUUUCACUCUGGAUGUCGUAGCCAAAGAAUCGCAAUACGGAAGUUUCAAUAUGACGACGAAACGUUGGAGCGGAGCUCUACGUCUCGUCGCAUCGAAGAUGGUAGACAUCGGAGUGUCCGAUUUUUCGAUGACCAAUAUUAGAUUAGAUUACGUCGACUACCUGGCUCCUAUAAUAGCCACCAAGAGCUGUCUCUUCUUGAAGAAACCGGAUAUAUUUUCCGUCAGAUGGUUCGCCUACCUCAAAGCUUUCAGUAGCAUCGUUUGGAUGUCUAUAUUUACCUGCUGUCUAGUUUCUAUUUGUACUCUGACUUUUCUAAGAUCUCGUAUCGAAUCUUCUGAUAUGAUACGUGGUGUAUUUUGCGAAGAAAUUUUUCGGAUAUUGGGUGUCAUGUGUCAGCAGGGACUUGUAGAAUUUCCACGACAUACCGCGCUGAAAAUCGCAUAUUGCACCCUGCUCCUGACUGCUUUCGUGAUAACCACUGCGUAUUCGGCAUCCUUGAUCGGCUUCUUAACAUCUCACGUUCGCGACAUACCGUUUCGGACGAUCGACGAGUUCUUCGAGGAUGGCACAUAUAAAGUAAUCGUUUUGAGAGGUACCGCGGAUUUCGACAUGCUUUUCAACUCGAAGGAUCCGUGGUCGCUGAAAAUCCGACCGAUGUUGAAACCAAGAAACGCUCAGCCGUAUGAUAUAAUAAGUGGAUUUAAAAGCCUCUGCAAUACUCCCAACGCGGCGUAUUACUGCAGUUAUUCUAAACGCAUGAAGAAAGUAGCGGUAGAAUUUCAUAUUCCGUGCCAAGUCGAUUGCCUCAGUGUCGGUCGUACAACCAGCUUAUCUCUGGUCCUUCCGAAGGGUAGUCAGUACACUGACGCUUUAAAUUACCACUUGAAGAAAUUAUUGAAUAGCGGUUUGUUGAAUCGUUACAUGCGCGAUGAAACUGACGAAGAGGGAACGAAUUUUCAGCCGGUUGGAUUCAGCAGCGUUGCAUCUGUGUUGUUGAUCUUCAUGUGUGGAGUUGCAUUGUCGUUUCUAUUAUUAAGUAUAGAGAUUUGUUGCAACAAGUGUAGGAAGCGUUAUAUUCGUUGAUUAAUUAGGUAAGGUAAUUAACACUAGAACUAUCACACAAGUCAAAAUGAUUAGUUUCAAGUUUCUUACUUUAAUUUGUAAA